AUGGAUGGUAACCGUGAGGCCAGGACGGCGCCUUUCCAUCAUAUUCCACCGCGUCGCCUUGUCAGUGUGGAGCAUCCAGCAGUGAUUCGCAACCUCGACAAAGCGAUUGACACUCUGCAAGGAGAUACGGAUACUCCAGCAAAUCUGGUGUUGCGCCCAGAGGAUUUCAUGUGCCGGCCUUUGGUGUCAUCUAGCGUUGCUUCUAACAACGUGCUUCUGAAAGUCACUGUGCCCAAACGAACAGGCCGGAAGCGCAAGCGGGGCACAGAUGAGCCGUUCAGAGAUCCUUCGCCCGAGGACACCGGAGAAGAGAGACCCUGGAGACGCACCUCCCAGGAUAUUCUCCGCAUGCUCCAGGACAACCCAAAUCGAUAUACGGUUGAACCAGUAGGGAAGGUUCAGCGUACUCAUAUGUUCCGGGGCAUGCCAGACUACGUAUUCUCGAGCACUAACAGCGAGUUCACACAAAGGUUCCGCGAAAAGAUCAUGCCCUACAACUUGGAAAAAAUGAAGCAAUUCGAUAUCAGUCUGAGCAAAGGUGCCUCCAAGAACGCCGACCUCAUCCCACCACCUUCGUUCACCCAUGAAACCGUCCCAUUUAUUUACAUGUACCACCAAAAUCCUGGUAUCAAACAAAAAAUGGGCGAGUACGGCGAACUGGUCACAUUCAACACCCAAGCCGCCGCUCCAGUCCGAAGCCACCUAGUCUCCUACGACGUGAAAGAAGUCCCAUCCAAACCAAAAGACACGCUCCCACCGAUCGAAAAACUCCCUACCGUUCUCCGCACCACUAUCGAAAACCUCAAGCAACUGUUCGAAGAGCGCCCCGCCUGGACCCGCCGCGCUUUACGGCCCUUCCUCGAAAACGACGACCAGCGCUACAUGCUCCGCCAUGCUAUCCCCUACGUGGGCUAUAUCUUCCGCUCUGGGCCCUGGCGCGACGCCAUCAUCAAACUAGGGCACGAUCCCCGCACGUCUCCGGAGUGGCGGCACUAUCAGACCUUCAUGUUCCGCUUCAUGCCCCAAGAAUCAGACUUAACGCUCUCCCGCGACGGCGGCACAGGACGUCGAUACCAAGCCCCACGCGUGGAUAUCAGCACGGGCGAAGGAUUCGAGACAGCGACGUCCUACGUUUUCACGGGGAAACUGCCUCUACACCGCGAUGGCCGGAUCUGGAUGGUCUGCGACAUUGAGGAUCCUGUCGUGAAAAACAUUCUCUACCCUCCCGAUGAAUUCACCCGUGGCCCUGAGAAGCGCCCGCACGUACGAGAGGAAUGCGAGGCGUCUGGCGAUGGGUGGUUUGGGAAUGGCACGACGGCGAAAGUCAAGGUCAUUAUGCGGAACAAGAUCCAGGCGCUACUUGACGGGUAUGAGAUGGAUGAUGCGGAUUUCGAGAAGAUUGCUGCACUGCCGGAUCGGGCGGAUACGGAAGAGGAGAUUACGAGGCUUUUUCAGGUUAACAUGGAGGAGUGCUCGCCGAAGGUUAUUGCUAUGGCGACUGAUGACGAGGGAAAGAAACAGCGAGAGGGCGAGGGAGAAGGCGCGGGAGAGCCGACGGAAGGGGAGAAGGACCAGGAGCUCGAUGUGGAGCAAAGUGAAGGCGAGGAAGAGGAGAUCGAGAGGGCCGAGAUGCUUGAGGACCAGGUCGCUGCGGCGAUGGCUGCGAGGGACGCGGCCGAAGCGGCGGCCGGGCCUCAGUCUGAAGUCGAGGGUGAUUAUAACGAUAAUGAAGAUGAGGAUGACGAGGAGGAUGAGGAUUCAGAUGAUGAUGACGAUAUGGUUUGA